GGGAGGACGAAUGGUCAGGGUUAAUCUCCUCUUGUAUGGACGGGGACAUAUAUGAUAAGUGGGGUGAGCAUAUUCACCCCAGGACCCCGGGAGGAAUCAGGCAAGAGGCUCUCCGGCGAGCAGCAGCGGGGCCCACAGCAACCCCGACGAUGUUUAGGAUGUGGCAAGAGAAGGAAGAGCUGACCUUAAGGGUCGAGGAGAUUGUGGGGGAUAACGAGGAGGUCAACCAGCGGCUAAAGCCAAGGACUAUAAGGGAGGAGCCAAUAGUCGUCGAAUCGGAUGAUGAGGGGCAGGAAAACGAAGGAGAGCUGGCCAUACUCCUCCCGGGGAGGAUGGAAGAUCUGCAGGAGGAAGUGGGGAGAUACCAGCGGAAACUGCAAGUCCUGUGUGAAGAAGCCCGAGAGUGGGAGGCCAACCUGCCUGAGGUCUUCCUUUAUGACUCCGGGCCAGAGCCUUCGCCAGGACAACAAGGGUGCCCAAGAGUGGCGACUGUAGGGACGGGCCCUAGGUCAGAGGACUUGGGAUUUUCAGCCGCUAGGAUGGAGAUUGAGAGUGCAGAUAGGAGGAUAGGUGAGGUGGUGGUCUCGUCCUUCCAACGGUACUCCAUGCUCAUCGAUGAGUUGGCGGCCUCGAGGUUAGAGGUGGGACAGUUGUCCACCCAACUGGAAGAAGAGAGGGCGGAGAAUCAAGCAUGGAGGUCCCGUAUGGAAGUUAAGGAAGCGGAAUGGGAAAAGUGGCUCCAGGAUAUGGCGGCAAUGGUGGAGAGGCUCUYGGCCACUAAGGUGGUCGACUGGACGGAGCAAAGCCGGUAUGGUAUCCAGGGGGAGGAGGUACAGGGGCUCUUUGGCCGGGAAGGGACGACAAAGCCACCUYAGCAAGGAAGUAUGGGGAAGGUAUUUCAGGACCCAAUAGAGGCGGCAGCACGGCGGGAGGCCGAGGAGGGGAGGUUCAACUUCAGGACGCCCACGGAGUUGGCCUUGCAGCAAGCCACCCCUAUGACGAUUGAGAUCCUUGAGGGCGAGCCAGCGCAGGGACCCCAACCUCCAGUGGAGGAAGGGGGGCCCACAGAGGAGUCCCCUACGAUCCUUUCGGAGGUGCAGGAGGGUGCCCUUACGGGAGCAGCAACAUCCACGGAGCCGGAGGCAAUGGGGGGAGAGGCGUCUCGACUGGAUGAGAUAGUGGCAGAUAUGGAGUUGGACAUGCCGUCAGGAGAGCCUCAGGGACAGAACACCCCAAAGCGUGUGCUAGAGAUAGGGGAGCUGAGGACGCAGUUAGGAUCUUGGGCUACUGGAGCUGACUCAGGAGAGCACAUCUCAGAGCAGCAGCAGGAAGUUAUGAGCGAGCCAGCGACUGCCGUGACUCCCCAGCCUUCCGACCUCCAUAGGGACGAGGGGGCGACUGCGAGGGGAGGAGUCCGCGAGGGUAGGCCACUGAGAUUGAACACUCCAGCGUACCGACCCGAGGGAGGUGAGGCGCUAGCAGGGCCGAGUACCCAGAUGACGGAGGCGGGGCCGACAGAGUCAUGGAGUAUGCCCCAGAGCCAUGAGAUGACCAGGGAAACUAGCGAGACUCCGCCGUUGCCUGGGUCCCAGAAGAAGAAGAGGAGGUGUCGAGGGAGAUCAGACGAUCAGUGCUUCUUCUGCAAGGACGGCGUACAUAGAGCUCUUGAAUGCCUGAAGUUCCUUAAGGACAAGG